AUGUCGGCCUAUCAACAACUCUUCUCGCAUCCGCUGUUGGCGCACCCCGGAAACGAGCGAAAGGACACGGUCUACUUGAAAGUCGCGCUGGUAGAUGAAAAGAAAGGAGGCAGAUUGACCAUGGAUCCAGUUGCGCAUGAGCUUUCCACUCGUCUCUCCCGAUCCCACGCCAUGACGAUCACUAACGAACAUCCAUCGGAGCCGAUGUUCUGUAUCCUUUAUUCAGCUCAAGCGUUCGGAAAGUUGAUGGAGGCGAAGGUUGCCGGUGGGGUCGCCUUUGCCGAUGUGACUCAUCAACUUGAGUCAGUGGCCGAAUCGGUGCCACCAGCUCAUCCAACCAAAGAAUUUUGGAAAACUUUGGAUGAGCUGGUGGCCCGUGGGAAGGGUCCCACCGAUCAAUCGACGUCGCCAUUCACUUCACCACGCCAUCGUCCAUCUUCAUCGAUUGGUUCUGGACAUCUCUCCACUGCAUCGAUCAUCGGACAAUCACCAGGGCCAUCGACAUCAUUUGUCAAAUAUAUUUUUUCUUUUUUCGCACGCACCAUGCCUCUUCGCAACUUGAAUGCCGCUCACCUUGCACAGGUUGCUGAUCUUGAUCCUUCGACCUCGUCGCAGAUCGUGCCUUCGACCCCGGGAAAGGGACGCAAGAAGACUCCCAGCCGUCACUCCGGCUUUCAACGCCGCUCCGGUGUGAAGAAGGUGACAGGAGUCCAGGAUCCCAGCAAGCGUCGCAAGGAUGAUGAUGAUAAUGACAAGCCCAGCACCAGCACCUACCGUCUGGCCAAAGGUCCG